AUGUCAUCCUUAACUGGCGUACCGGUUAGAGAUCUGUUUGAUCUCACCGGCAAGACAGCUAUCGUUACUGGCGGUACAGGAGGGAUCGGAAUCUCCACGAGCACGGCACUCGCAGGAGCCGGUGCCGAUAUUGUCUCCAUCCAGCUGCCUAAUGAUCCUCAGGGUGGUACAUUGAAGAGCGCCAUGGAGAAACCAGGUCGGAAGCUCUGGGUGUUUGAAUGCAAUUUGAAAAACCACGAAUCCAUUCGGCGAACAUUUCAGCAGAUCUGGGCUUCUGGUAUAACGCCAGAUAUCCUGGUCAAUGGCGCAGGCAUAACGCACCACUCUAAGAUUGUUGAUACCACUGUUGAAACAAUUGACAACAUCCUCGACAUCAAUAUCAAGGCGGCAUACACCCUCUUACAAGAAUUUGGUAAAAAGCUUCUGGAGCUUCAGAGGCCAGGGAAAAUCAUUCAUAUCGCUUCCAUGGCAUCAUACAUUGCACAGGAGGACAUUUCAGUCUACGCCAGCAGCAAGUCAUUCGUGCGGAAUAUGACGAGAGCGUUGAGCAACGAAUGGGCCUCGCGGGGCAUCCAAUGCAACUGCAUCAGCCCAGGAUUCAUUCAAACAGCAAUGUCAAAACAUUUGCAUAAUGACCCAGAAUUUAACAAAUAUGUGGUGGAACGAACUUCCUCGAGGCGCUGGGGAUAUCCUGACGACAUGAGAGGAUUGAUUGUCUUCCUUGCUAGUCGAGCGAGCGACUUCAUCACCGGCGAGAGUAUCGUCAUUGACGGUGGUGUACUAGGGAGAUAG